AUGGGCGUCCUCGGCAUUCUUCACGCAGCGGUAGACUGGCUCCUGGGCUGGGCCAAACUGGUCCAAAACCGCGAGAUCGGCUGGCUCACCAUUGACCGCAAGACCGGAAAAUAUAAACGCGAGCAGCAGCCCAUCUGGAAGAAACUUAAGCUCCUGCUCCUCUUCAACCCGCUAACGACAUGGCUCGACACCACGCACGCAAUGAGGCUGUAUAUGCACAACAGCGCCGUGAAGGAGGGUACGUCGCCUGCCACCCCAAUACCAAUCUCCUUUGUACCGCAGGCUGAUACGGAUAUGCGUUUGUCAGGCAAAAAAGAAGCAACCCCGGCGUCGGCAAAACGCAUCCGCGAAUUCAUCUCCUUCUUCCGCAUCGACAUGACGCAGUUCGAGCCCAGCGACCCAAACGCCUUCGCCACGUUCGAGGACUUCUUCAUCCGCCACCAUAAACCCGGCAGCCGGCCGAUCUUCGAAGAGAACGACCCCUCCUCCGCCAUCUGCGUCGCGGACUCCCGGGUCGUCGUGUACGAGGCCGUGGCCGAGAGCAAGAAGAUCUGGAUCAAGGGCGAGGACUUUAGCAUCACGAAUCUCGUUAUGGAUCGGAAACUCGGUCCGCAGUUUGGUGAUGGGCCCGUUGCGAGCUUUAGACUUUCUCCGCAGGAUUAUCAUCGGUAUCAUUCUCCUGUCUCUGGGCGGAUUAAGGUGUUCCGGAGUAUGCCAGGGGAUUAUUAUGAGGUUGAUCCGCUGGCGAUCCGGAGUGGGGUGGAUAUUUUGACGAGGAAUGCGAGGGAUUAUGUGGUUAUUGACUCUGAGGAGUUUGGGGAGGUGCUGUUUGUUGCGAUUGGGGCGAGUCAGGUUGGGACUGUGCAGAUCCAUGAGAAAUGGCAGAAGCCCGGCGCGGAGAUCAAGAAGGGUGACGAGCUGGGGACGUUCCAGUUCGGCGGGUCGAGUAUCAUUGUUGCGUUUCAGAAGGGCCGGAUCCAGUUUGAUGAAGACCUCAUCGAGCCAAGUAAGCGUGCUGUUGUGGUGGACGUCGAGGUGGGCAUGAGUCUUGGGAGGGCUACCUCCAAGGCGCAGUAG